GGAUCCGCGCAUAAUAGCGCCGGGGUUUCGUCUUUGUCCGUGCGAAUAAUCGCGAUUUGAGGAACCCGCGUAGCAGGCUUACCUUCAUCAGUCGAUUACUGAGGGUUAUACCACGUGUAUGCGCGUCGCGAGUGAGUUUCGCUUAUUUCCGCGGCAGUCGCGUGUGCAUCGCAUUUUACACGCAACGCAAAGUGUCCCCUCGUUCGUUUUGUCGCGUUAUUUAUCGGCGUCAAUCCCUUCCGACUUAAAGUUGCGAAAUAGCCAAGAGAUCGCGGAAAAAAUUCGCCAUGUCGCGUAAAUACUUCGCCGAAACUCCCGUUUACAUCGUCGAAAAUCACGACGAGAUCUUGCCGUUCGUUUAUCGUUGCUUAGGUUCUAAGCAUCUUCCGUUCGAAGGAAACACCUUUAUCCACCUUGAUUCCCACCCCGACAUGCUAAUACCGAAAGAUAUGCAGGCGGACGUUGUUUGGGAUAAGAACCAACUUUUCGAUGAAAUCAGUAUAGAGAAUUGGAUGCUUCCGGCGGCGUAUGCGGGUCACCUGAAGCACCUGAUCUGGGUGAAGCCGCCCUGGGCAACGCAGAUGCAAGACGGCGUCUCCACUUUCUUAAUCGGGAAGCACAAGGACAACGGAUGCAUAAGGCUGACCAGCUCCGAGGCAUAUUUUGUCAGUGAAGCGCUUUACGCACUUCCUGAAGAACUCGAGAACGUGAAAGAAGUCACUUUGCACGUGAUUACUAUUGGCUCUUACAUGGAAGAUCCGUCAAAGAAAGACGAUUUUCCGGCGAUCAGUGCGUCUCUCCGUCGUUAUCUUCCGGAAAGCGAUACACCGCUGAUUCUUGACGUCGAUCUGGAUUUCUUCAGCACGAAAAAUCCCUUCCGAGAUCUCCACGAACGUGCUGGUCUCUAUGAUCGUCUGGCGCCGCUUUACGCCUUUGAUCGUCCCCAUUCGUCUGAUCCUCAGCUCCUGAAGGAGGCUGUUGCAGCGAGAGACGAGCAGCUCAACGAACUCAAGGCGCUCUUCGAUCAUCUCCAGGAACACCGGAGUCUACGAGGAUACGAGAGACCCGGGAACACUCGUCGAUACGAAGCAGUGGAACGUAUCUUUCGGGAAGUCACCGCAGUUUACAAGGAAUCGGAAGUGGAUUGGACGCUUGUCCACGACGCAGGAUGCACAAGGGACGACACAGACCUGCCGCAUCACGUGACUACCCAGCAAGACUUGAGCCGUUUGAUAACCGGAACAUUCAGGGCUUUUCUCGCCGCUCUACCAGCGCCACCGACAAUAGUGACAGUCGCAAGGUCAAGCCUGGACGAUUAUUGCCCUCCUGAGGACGUGGAGCUUAUUCAAACCGGAGUUCUGGACGAGUUACGUCACCGCCUAGGAAAUGUUGACAUCAAACCUGCCUAUCAGGAACUGCAGGAAACUCCUUGAAUACCUCGAACAGCCUUGCUUACUUAGGCCUUAUACCUGUAAUCCUUUGAAUCGCAUUUUAUCGAAUUUUAUGUUCUUCUACGCAUUUCUCUCUCAGGUAUGGAAUAAAGGCAUGA